UCCGUAUUUGUGCCCAUGAUCAUGCUUCAGUCUUCCUACGGUGUUCGCAGUAUCUCGAAGUAUGAGCGCAUGGAGCUGAUCCAAGAGGUGAUGUCCCCCCUCCCGUCGUACUUGGACGACAGUGUGGGGGCUCUCUUGUCCACCAUGGGACCGCUGUAUUGUACGCCAGUAAGAGCUGCGACGUUUUGGGCUGAUGUUCCUGCAUUUGGGACUGGGACCAGUGCAAAACUGUCGACGCUGUCGCUUGAGGAGUUGGCACCGGUUCCUCCACUCGUCACACAUUACCCCAACUGGGGCCUUCCAGAUGCAGCACCCCACAAGGUGAUGAAGAUGGUGUCCACCAUAGCCAGCUUGCAUGAGUAUGCGAGUGAGUUUGCUCGGAUUGCUGCGUAUGUUCAAUACCUACUAGCGGGCACUUGUGAAUUGGCGUUGGUCCGGUUGACCAUGGCGGACUGGGACUCCUCCACUGGAGUUGACGAGGAUUUUGCGCUUACGCCUGAUGCUGAAGAGGAAGCACGAACGGCGGAGGAAGCGGCCGUUUAUCAAAUAUUUGUUCUUCUGUUGCUGCAAUAUACGGGAGAGGACGUGUUUGAUGAGCCGAAGGACCUCGCUGCAAUCGAGGCUGAGGAACAACGCCAGCUGGCAGUCACGGCUGCCCAGCUACAGGCUGAUGAAGCGGCAACAGCAGAGAAGCUGCGGCUACAGGCCGAAGCAGACGCAGAUGCCCAGGCUCGCCGCAAGGAAGCCCAGGCUCUGCUGCAGCGGCAUGAAGCCAACAGCAUCGAGAAACUCAAGUACUGGCACUUUGAACCAAACGGCGACGAGCCAACACCGGAAGAGCAUCAUAAGGAGUUCAUGGCCAAGCUCGUGAGCAGGUUGGUUUACACGUGUAACCACCUACAGUCUGAGCUGGCAAACCUUCAGCGGGCCGUACGGAACCAGAAGAUUCAGCACGAGGAUGCCACACGGGCACUGGACGCCCGUGUACUGGACCUGGAACAGGCUGUACCAGGACCAGAUGUUGGAGUUUCCAGCAGUGCAUCCUCUAGCCGCCAACUGGAGGAACGCGUUGACCACGUAGUGGCAAUGCUAGGAGACAUAAGUGCCUUCACAGAGCCGGCCACCAUCAGCCAGCGGUUCGAGUUGCUGGACACUAAGAUCAGUCAGCAACAGCAGACUGACCACAGCCACAACAACAGCUCGGCGAGGCCAUACAAGAUGCCGACAUUCCGGCUCGAGAAAUUUGAUGACUACACACAUCAAGACCCGGUCGUCUGGUGGCAAGGAUUUACAACGGAGUUGGGGAUUCACGAAGUCCUUGACCAUCUGUUCAUCAGUGCUCUGUUCAUCAACACCAAGGGAGGUUGUCAGAUCUGGCUCAGCCACAUGGCAACCAUCCACGACGUCCAGGUUUCAGACCUGUACAAGAAGGUCUCCUGGGAAGAUCUGACAAAGGAAUGGAAGAAGCGGUUCAUCGUCGACGACGCCCCGGCACUCGCCGUCAACCGCAUCUUCACGACGGCUCAAGGGAGCACACCGACACGUGACUGGUUCACGGAUUGGCAGAAAAUCGUGGCAACGCCCGAUUUGGACUUGCCAUUUCCGCAUAUGCGGCGUGAGUUCUACAACAGGUCAUGCGCCGCUCUCAGCCUCGCACUUGGUGAUCGCGAGCAGUACAACACUUCCAUCAACAAGGCGAGAGAGCUCAUCAAGACUAACAGGUCGGCUGCACACGAGAAGUCCACGUGGCAGCCAACCUAUGUGGAGAAGGUAAGAAUUGGUCCGCGACAGCAGCAGUUUGCUGCAGUCCAGUCGGACAGUGGAGAUAACCCAGCAGCCACUCCAGCAUCAAGUGACGGAGAUCAGGUGGCUGUUGUCCAGCCGCGAAACAACAACAAGUCCCGCAACAAUGGGAAGGCGAAAUCCGCAUCGCAGGCAGGAAAUGGACAGCCAGUACAAGUUCCAUGGGUCAAGUUUGGCUUGACCGAGGCGGAGUACAAGCUCGGGAAACUGAGCUCCGCGAAAGGUGAGGCGACUCCACCUUCUACUCCGCCAGAUUUGGCCGCCUUGCUAGCGGCCUCCUGCACAUCUGGGGAGGAUGCGAAUGUCGCAAGUCCUCGGUAUACUUACGAGGAUUAUGCUGUCCACUUGGUUCCACCGCUGGACCAACCGCUCCACGUGCAACAAUCCACCGCAUGCACGGUUUCAUCACCAUCGGCAACCGAUUCGGCACCUUCGCCGCAACCUAUCGCCGGGGAUUCGACGUCAUGGUCAAGACUUGAAGAGCUCGACCCAUUGACGUUCACGGACUUCCAGUGGAUGCCCGUUCCCUCGACCGGACGAUUGUCGAAACCGCAUGGCAAUGUGCUUAUGGCACAAUUGCGGGAUUACUUGCACACUGCAGUACCAACUCCGUUGAUGGACGCCGGAGCAGAGGUUGUCGACCUUCACGCUUACAUCGCGAAGAUCGACCGCGAGUUCAAGACGCAACGGUACGACGACAUCGACGCACCAUUGCUACACGUACGCAUUCAGAUUGGAGAGGCGACCUGUAGUACCUUGAUCGAUUGCGGAGCAUCUCGCAACUACAUCAGCCAGGACUUCAUGGUGCGCGCCGUCCUUGGCCCACGCGUCCGGAGGAAGUCCCAGCCUACGCAAGUCACGUUGGCGGACGGUCACACGCACAAGUCAAUCGACCGGUGCAUUGACAACUUCCAAGUGUACUUUGCCCCUCACACAAGUGAGGCAGUGUCCUUUGACAUUCUGGACACCAAAUUUGACAUGAUCUUGGGCAUGUCAUGGCUGCGAAGCGAGGAUCACCCGGUGAACUUCUUCCACCGCACCGUUCACAUUCGUGAUUGGAACGGAGUACUAGUUCCAUGCGCGGUGCCUCUUCCUCAUCCUUCGAUCAGCUGCCACGUGGUAUCUGCCGCAAGCAUGCGAGCUUCCAUCAUCAGAGACGACAUCGAGGAGAUGGGGGUGUGUUUUCUCCACGCCCUCCCGCCCCAUGACGCUUCAUCGACGGACUCACCUUCGGAUCCACGCAUCACCGAGCUUCUCGAUGCUUACAGCAACGUGUUCAAAGGCCCGCACGGAGUAGUACCGGAUCGACCCAUCCGCCACGAGAUCAUCCUCGAGGACGGGGCCGUACCUCCGCGCGGUUGCAUCUACCGAAUGAGCGAGGAAGAGUUAAGUGUGCUUCGGGCACAACUCGACGACCUUCUGGAGAAAGGCUGGAUUCGGCCUAGCUCAUCGCCAUACGGUGCUCCUGUUCUCUUUGUUCGGAAGAAGAACAAGGACCUGCGGUUGUGCAUCGAUUAUCGCAAGCUCAACCCGCAGACGAUCAGGAACGCUGGCCCUCUCCCACGCAUCGACGAUCUUCUCGAGCGAGUGGGCGGCGCCAAGUUUUUCUCCAAGCUCGAUCUCAAGUCAGGAUAUCACCAACUCGAGAUUCGCAAGGAGGACCGCUACAAGACCGCGUUCAAGACGCGAUAUGGGCAUUUCGAAUGGCUGGUCAUGCCAUUUGGCCUUACGAAUGCCCCGACCACUUUCCAAGCGGCUAUGACAACGGAGUUCCAACACAUGUUGGAUCGUUACGUACUUAUCUACCCCGACAACAUCCUGGUGUACAGCCGGAGUUUGGAGGAGCAUGUGGAGCACCUGCGCACCGUUUUGGAGCGGCUACGACAGGCCAAGUACAAAGCCAACCGCGACAAGUGUGAAUUCGCGCGGCAGGAGCUGGAGUACUUGGGCCACUAUGUGACGCCGCAAGGCAUCCGUCCGCUCGCGGACAAGAUCGAGGCCCUACGAGUAUGGCCCGAGCCCACCAACACCACGGACAUUCGUUCAUUCAUGGGAUUGGCAGGCCACUAUCAGCGAUUCAUCACCGGAUACUCCAGGAUUGUUGCACCUAUGACGAGGUUACAGUCGCCAAAGGUGCCAUUCGUAUUCGAUGACGACGCACGCCGGUCAUUCCAAGCACUUAAGACGGCUAUGCUCAUGGCACCCGUCCUUAGCAUCUAUGACCCCACCUUGCCGACGAGAGUGACUACGGACGCUUCCGGCUAUGGCAUUGGGGCAGUCUUGGAACAGCACGACGGCGACGACUGGCACCAUGUGGAGUAUUUCAGCCACAAAGUGCCUUCCAUCAACUCGCUUGAUGAUGCAAGGAAGAAGGAGCUACUCGUGUUCGUCAUGGCUCUCAAGCGAUGGCGGCACUUCCUCCUUGGGCGUCGUAGGUUCACAUGGGUUACGGAGAACAAUCCAUUGACCUACUACAAGACGCAGGAUACGGUGAGCAGCACGAUCGGACGAUGGAUGUACUUCAUCGACCAGUUUGACUUCACACCGAAACAUCUUCCCGGGCUCUCAAAUCGCGCAGCAGAUGCACUCUCGCGAAGACCUGAUCUUUGCGCUAUGACUCAUCAUGCCUUCGCAUUCGACGAGGAGCUUCAGCAACACUUCAUCCGUGCAUACGAGUCUGAUCCGGACUUCGCCACGCUGUACGCACAGCUAUCUUCGGCAAGGACUUAUUGUGUGUCCCACGCGACCGUCGUCUUCGGACUCGCCUCCUCGGCGAGUAUCAUGAUUCACGACUCGCCGGCCAUUUCGGAGUCAACCACACUAUUGCAUGGCUUCGACAGCGAUUCCGAUGGCCCGACCUCAUUACCGAUGUCACUCGGUAUUGCGACUCGUGCGAAGUUUGCCGACCGCAAUCCCUAUGGCGAGUUACACCCGAUGCCUAUCCCACGGGAACCCGGUCUCUCCAUUGCCGUGGAUAUCCCCGGUCCGUUUCCUCGCGACCGCCUCGGGCACGACGGCAUCCUCACGGUUGUGGACCGAUUGAGUAAGUACGCGCGUUUUCUCCCUUGCAAGUACUACUCCACGGCUCCCGAGCUGGCACGCCUCCUGCACACUGGUUGGAUUUGUGGCCACGGUGUACCAGAAGACAUUGUCAGCGACCACGGCACUCGUUUCAUGUCGGCAUUUUGGACUGCUCUCAUGCAGGAGUCCGGCACAACAAUGAAACCAAGUUCAGCUCGGCAUCCUCAGACAGACGGGCAGACGGAGCGAGCACAUCAAACCGCUCAAAUGAUGCUUCGUACGCUCAACCGUUCGGACCAGAAAGAUUGGGUUGACCGCCUCCCCGACACCGAAUUCACCUACAACACUUCGGUGCAUCCGGCGAUCGGCGUGACUCCAUUCGAGUUGCACCAYGRUGGACGGAAAGRCCRGAKCUUCRCMRACCUUCUCCUCCCUCGACCAGCCGACAUUGACGCUGCCUGCUCUCCCGCUUCCGUCCGGAAGUACAGGGAAUUGCUGACUCAAGCCCGCGCAAAUAUACAAAAGGCUCAAGUCCGCAUGCAGCAGCAAGCCAACAGGUGUCCCGUACCAUGUCCCAUCCGCGCCGGUGAUGUGGUUUGGGUCUCCGCGGAAGAGUUUGCACUGGAACAGGAUGUUUCACGCAAACUGCUUCCCAAGUGGUUUGGACCUUGGUCUGUGACAGCAGCCACGGGCGAUGAGCCCGAUGGCCCUUCAUUUGUGAUCAACAUUCCAAAGCAUCUGACGGUCCAUCCGGUCUUCCACGCCUCGAAGCUCGCAACAUACACGCCAGCCAAGAGCGAUGACUUUCCGGGCCGACGAUCGCAGGACCCUCCUUCUAUGGAUGGUCAUCAGGAAGUUGACCGUGUCAUCUCCGAUCGCAACUACGCCAGCAAGCCGCGGCAGUACAAAGUCACAUUCAAAGCAUGCGAUCGCGACGACACUCGAUGGAUUUCAGGCGCAGAUUUGAAAGCAUCCGCACCGCCGAUCUACUCACAUUAUGAAAAGCGGAGGUUUGCUCAGGAAGCUUCACGACCAGCCCCUCCCACCCGGACUGUGGUCCCUCCCUCGGACAGACAGCUUCGCCCUCGCAGGUUUGAGGACAAAAAUCUAGCCCGGAGAACCGAAAUGUUGAUUCUUAACAUUGCGGAUAGGAAAUGGAAGAGUGCGUCUGCACUCGAGGCUACCAUGGAUGAACUCUUGCAAUGCGCUGAACGUGGACUCACCCCAACUCAGAUUAUGAAUAAUUUUGCUAGAGCACUACCCGACCCACUCCGUACUCAACUGUAUCCCCGUACCAAAGAAGAGGGGAUAACAUAUGAGAAGUUCAGCAAGAUCGCAAUAGAUCAUGAUGGCUUCCUGGCAGAAGCAAACUAUUGCCAUCAUUGGAAAGAUCUGCAAGCAGGAAAAAAGUGGCAGAACCGUACGAUCUCUGGGAAUAUACCGGGGAAAGACAACCUGCUUCUGACCUUUGAAGAAGGAGGUGUCGAGACUCUCUCCUACGAUCAAAUAGACUAUGGUCUGGAGGGAGCACCUAACGGUACGGUAGUUCAGGAGGGGGACUAUGCGACCAUUGGAACCCGCGGGGGACGGCGACAAGGAAGAGGAGGCCGCAGACGUGGAGGAAGAGGACCCGGCACCAGAGGGGUGGUGGUGAAGGUAGCUACUAUGUGGGUGGAAGGGGCAAUGGUCCCUCGCAAGCUGGCCGAGGUUCCAACUUCACGUGGGGUGGAGGAAGAGGCACGUGGCAUGGAAAUUGGGAUAAGCCAUAUCCACCCCAUCCCGGUUUGCCAGAAGGCAGACCUUGGGAAAAGUUGGGGAUUACAGAAAAGGUCUGGCAAGAUAGAAAAGUUGCUAACCAGUGUCUCAAGUGUGGUGACCCCAACCACAUUGUUCCCUACUGUCCGGAUUACAAGAUCAGCAAUUCCUCCAAGUAUGGAUGGUAAAUAUGACGUGGAUGAAAUCGUUGGUGAAAACGUUGUUCAGACUGGACGUAGCGGUAGACCCCAGCGACAGUACAAAGUCAGAUUUGCAUAUCAAGAUCCAAGUGAAGAUCGCUGGUAUACCAUAGAAGAGCUUAUUGAAUCAGCACCGCAUAUCUUGUUCAAUGAAAUAAACUCAAGGAAGCCUGACGAGAUUAAUGUCAUUGAGGGGAUGCACAAAAACAACAUUUUUAUUGGGGUUCUCUUAACGACAGGGUUCAUCCAGGCACUUAUCAUAAACUUUGCUGAGGAUUUUGCCAACACAAAGAGGCUUGGUUAUGAUCUUUGGCUGGUAUGCAUUGUGAUCGGCCUUUGCGGGAUGCCUGUUGCUGCGGUUGUGAAGCUCAUCCCUACCAGAGAAGAACCAUAUUUCAGGAAUAACCUUCUCAGCCAGAUUUGGAAGAAAAACGGUUCACCAUCUUCAGAUCCGCAGCCAGAAGCAGGAGCAACAACCAAACUAUGAAACCAAUGCAGGUUUCAAAAUUCGAUGCCAGAUGACCAUCAGUUAUGGCUUAUCCUGGGACAAGGGUCGCCUUUGGCCAGAGAGCGACGUAAAAUAGAGGAAAAAUACCACAUGGUACGGCGUCUGUUCUGUGCGUGUCGUAACCACUCGUUCAAUCCUCUUAGAAUGGCAUUAAUCCUAAAGUUAGUUUCGCUUUGAGGAAAGUGCAUAUGUAAACAGAUCAUGGUCUUUUUGUCUAUCUGUGUGUUCGGUUCUGAUGUCUCCCUAUCAGGGGAUAAUGGCCAUCUCACACUUUUCAGGAGGCCACGUUCAAUCGAACUUCCAGGACUAAUCGACGACGAAAAGGUGAAAGCGAUUGUCAGUCGUCAAUCUCACUGGUCACCUAUUUGCCAGAAGUGGGCAGCCUGGCAGAGGCUUCCUGGUUUUCUGCUUUCUCCUGUUCCAAUGUCCACUGUCUCUCUGUGCUGCAGCCGCAGGUAGGCUUUGUGUGUGGAACCAGACACAUGAUGAAUCCACAAUGAGUUUCAUGGCUUUUGCCAAAUCCAGCCUGGUACCGUUGGUGGCCAGCCGGGUAGGUCCAUUCCUGUGGAAUUUCUGAAAGGAAGACAUGCCGAUCAACCUGUGGGGGAAGGGCUGACUAUUUUGUGGGUUGUUGGUCAUGGUAUUGUCUUUCUCUACCCAAAAAGUCAGGGCGCACCUGAGGGGUAUGCUAAAAAACGAUUAGGUUGGAGUUGUAAGAAGUUCUUAGUUUGUUCAUGUGUCUCUUCUUCCCUGUCGAUCCUAUUUAUGGGAAAUUCAUGCUGGCAUGACGACCAAGGUUCACAGCCUCAGACUGCAGGAACUUAACGCAUACAUCUGAAGAGAGAACACGAACUGUGCAGCUUUUGAAGUCGCCAUUCGGCUUACUCGCUUAUUCUCUUUGCUGUGUCGUUGAAUCUCCCGGAAAAACAAGGAGAUCCUCCCUCUUUUAAAGUCCCCCUCCCCCUUACUAGCGUAUCCUCUUUUCUGCAGGAACACAACGCGUACAUCUGAAAGAAAAGAACACGAACUGUGCAGCUUUGGAAGUCCUCCUCCCUCUUAGUAGCUUAUCCUCUUUUCUGUGUCGUCAAAUCUCCCUCUUACGUGCUUAUCCUCUUCUUCGUGCCACCAAAUCUCCCAGAGAAACAAGGACACCCUGGUCUGUAACUGUUGAACAGUUUAAAGGUAUUUCCCCCGAACGGAUCUGUUAAUGUGGGUGAGAGCUCUGUGAACCAGAAAUGGUAAAUAUUGUGGUAGAAAGUUAGAAACACAAAAAUUCUCAGAGGUCUUCCCUGCACUCGUAUGGAUGGACUGGAUGCACAUAUGCUGGUGGGGACGUGGGAUCCCUCUGAUUGUGUUUGGCUAAAAGGCAAAUUCAGUGAAUCACAGGCAUGCUGCAUUCUGCACUGCUGAUCCAGUUAAAAUCCUGGGUACUCUUCUGAUGGAUGCUUGAGGAGCUCUCAGUUCUGAUUUUAUGGAUGGACUGGAUGCACAUAUGCUGGUGGGGACGUGGGAUGAUAUAGGAGUCCCCUUUGCUUGCGUUUGGCUACAGGGUAAAUUAAGUACAGUGAAUCACAGGCAUGCUUCAUUCUGCACUGCUGAUCCGGUUAAAGCCUGGAUACUCGUCUGAUCGAUGCUUGAGGAGCUCUCAGUUCAUCCGAAGGGAGGUGGAGGGUAAAGCUCAAGUCAUGAACAGAGCCACUCAAGCUACUACACCCUUUUUGUGAAGUGGUUCCUGAUCAGACAGCGGCUCUUCUGUGUGGGAUUGUGGAAGCCAGGUGGCCACUGGCAUGAACCUUGACAUUUCACAAAUUGAGCAGAGAACAGCAGCAGGAGGACCAGUGGCACGUGCUAAUACUCUUUUCAUCACUCCCACGCGUGUUGGCAACGGUAGUCAAGAUAAAAUACAUAAUGCGCU